AUGUCUCUUGCAUCUAUGGUAGUGUUUGCCAUGGACUCGUCGCCCGAGAUCACGUCCUGCAACAACAAUGACAGGUUAGCGAGUGUGGUCCAUAGUGACUUGGUGAAGAGCUUACGGGAAUCGAAUGAUGCCACAUUACACGCCCAAGAGGCCUGGAUGCAGCUGGAGAGGCUGGCUACGCAUGUACGUUUCGUAGGGAGUGUCGCCGACUUGCUCGACAGGGAGGGUUUGUUCGAAGCUUUCAAGGAUUGCAAGCUCCUGACACGUGACCGACUGGUCUGGCAAGCAAUGGGGUGGUUCCGUACUCCUUUGGACUUGCAUCUCGCCACGGACCACUUGUCGGGACUGGUCAAGGAGGACAGCGCCCAGGCGUCACAGCUCCGAACCUCCUACUACAAGACUCAGUCUGACGUGUUGCUCACAAUUUCGAGGACGACGACGCGCAGCUCGUCCUGUUCAACCUCGGUCGCUUGGUGGAGCUGGACAUGUUCGACCGGUAUAACUCACCUCAUUGGCGAUGCGCUCUCCAGGGCACUGCCUGACGGCAUGGCUGCGUGGUGCAGAGCCCGCAGGGCUCAUUGA